AUGUUAUGCGACGUCGCACUUCGCAAAAGAGUUAGCAGGUUUUACAAGAAAACUCCCACAAUCCAGUUCUUGAAACGAGUUGAGUCAAGGUCUCGGAAACCAAAAAGGUUCAUACAACCCUCUGCCGGUGGUGCACUUUUGAUACGUUAUGGAACCUUACACGGCUAUCAAGACUUGCGUGCACUUCAAUGUCGGUACAGAGGUAUCAAUCACGGAGACAAGGUUAAGCUUGGGUCAAGGUGCCAAUGCCAAACACAUGCUUUGAACCCUAGUCCUUUACACAAGGACAUAUCUAGAGGGAUGAAAAAGAGACUCCAAUUAAAACUGCAUUCAUAG